AUGCAGUGCACCGGUACAAACUGCAUCACAACAAGCAAUUUUGGUCCUGGUCCCUUGACACAGGCGUUGCACCGUGCUUGGGCGCUGGUUGCUCUGCGUUUCUCCGGAUUGCGAACGAAGGCUGAAAAAAUGGGUCUUCUCGACGCCGUCAAGUGGAAGUGA